CAUGUUCGUCAGAUAUGUCUGUGUGAUGGUUAUAUGCAGAAAAUUGCUGACCAAUAGUAAGAUAAGCUUGUCAAAGCCCCAAGUGUCUGUGUGUUCGGUCAGUCGAAACGCUUAACUUGAAAUUGAAGUCUAACAUAUUUUGGCCAUUUGGGAUUAUCCAAUAGUUAUAAUUAUGAACAUCGAUUUUCGAUAGCAGUUUAAAUAUUGCGACUGACGUGCUAUUGAACAAAUAGUUUCAAGUCAAUUUCUGGUCUGGUCAAACUUCUGCAGGUAUUGGAAUAAAUGCAUCGGCUAUGUUUACGAAACAAUUGACACUGUAUUACCGCACGAUACAUGUUUCUCUGUAUUUUUUAUCGGAGAGCAAUGUGUGUUUAGGAAGGACUUUAAUGACGUAUAUAGUGAGAUAGCUCAUUCUUCUUAUAAAAUAUAUGUGGAUAAAAAUAUGAAUAACACAACAGAAUCAUUUCUAGAACAGGAGCUUUGUUCACAAAUCGUAUCGAACAAAAUUAGAACAACACGUAUUGUUGUUUAUACAAUUGUUGCAUGUGCAACGUACUUUGGGAAUAUUUUGAUUCUGAUUAGUCUUAGGAAGUUUUCUAAACAACUGAAGGGCACUCCUUACAUCUUGAUAGGAAAUUUAGCUGUCGCAGAUUUACUUUUAGCGAUUGGACUUACCCUUCAAAUCAUAGGAUAUAUUUUCAAAUCUCUGAUGGGUAAUGCAUAUUUUUGUGUUGUAAAAACCUGCAUUCUAGCAAUAUCGUUAACAGCAUCAGGUGUAUUGCUUAUGUUUAUAUCAUUAGACAGAUUUUGUGCGAUUGUGUUUCCUAUGAAGCAUUUGGUCCUUUCAACAAAAUGCAGACGAAGAAGGAUUAGACUUACGAUAAUUUGGGUGCUGUCUUUGGCUGUAAUUUGUAUCCCGGUAAUUACAAACUCCAAUUUAUCACCUGGAAAAAGCACGUGUAAUUCUUGUGACAUGAUCUCUAAGAGAAUAUCACUGGCGUUAGCUGUAUUUAUACCAGUUCAAUUCAUUAUCAACGUGAUCAUGUGUUUAAUUGUUAUAUGGAGAUUAAAAACAAAUACCAUGUCCAAGCGUAAAUAUAAAAAAAGUAUGAUCAAAUGUGGAUUAUUGAUUAGAGUUUAUGUGGCAUUUGCGAUAUGUUGGUCUCCCUAUGUUGUGACGACAUUUUUGAUAGAGACAACAAAUGAAAAACAAAAGUAUCUGAUUGUCCGUCAAUAUACAGCAAUUCUAGGUCUAAUGAAUUCUGCGAUGAACUGGAUAAUUUAUGGUUUAUCGAACAUGAAACUUCGAGAUUCUUUCAAGAACGUUUUAUUUUGUCGACACCAAAGGCAGCUUCACUUUUCAAAUUAUAUUCAGGCAAAAUCUUCUGACAAAAGAGAAUACAAAACUACUACUUCCGGCGAAGUUCAGCCUUGUGAAACAUGUGAGACGUUAGCUUAAACAAAAUAUUAAUUUGACAUAAUGAAAAAUGGAUAUACGAUAUAUUGAAUACUACUGGCUUGUUGUAAUGUCAGUAAGAUAUAUUCUAAUAUGCUUGUCUCUGUUAAAACACGCUUACGCUAGAAUGACGUCACGUUAACGUGCGGUAACGUCAAAGUUUUUGUUGCGACCAAAAAAAGAGCGCUACAAUAUUUCAUCUACUGUUUUAGAUUAAAGGCAUAUUAGAAUUGAAAUAAUAAUAAUAAUUUGUGCGGUAAAUACGUCGUACAAAUAAUUUCACUUGGGUUUCGCCCUCGUGAAAUUAUUACGCCCCACGUAUAACCGCCCAUCAUGCAUAAAUAGUGUUAAAGCAUAAAUUAUUUCUAUAAAUUAUUUCUUAAAUAACACACAGUUUUCAGCCUUCUUUGUUUAAUCAGAAAGAAAUCGGGUCGUGUUAGAAUCUGAUUUAUAGUAAGAAGUCCUAAUACAUCAUGUUUUUUCCAGUAUUUUACAGAAUGAUAAUCAGCAAUUGCAGCCACCAUCGGUGUUUUGAGCGCUUUAGUGUAGAGGAGGAUCGAACAGUGUCUAGUUAACGUAAAUGAAUAUGUGGGUGGCAGUAG